AUGUCUCUGCAGGCAGAUUUUGACAGGGCCACAGAAGAUGUGAAGAAGCUGAAAGCAAGACCGGAGGAUGAAGAAUUGAAGGAAAUCUAUGGCCUUUACAAGCAAGCUGUCAUUGGAGACAUUGAUAUCGUAUGUCCAGCACUGUUGGAUGUCAAAGGCAGGGCGAAGUGGGAAGCAUGGAGCCUCCAAAAAGGGUUGUCCAAGGAGGAUGCCAUGAGUGCCUAUAUUUCUAAAGCAAAAGAGCUGAUYGAAAAAUAUGGAAUUUAG